UAUUGCAGCAUAAACUUAACUGUCUAAGGCUCUUAACUAUGGUUAGCUAAACCCUGGUUAAGUUGGCCUUUUAUAAGAGGAUUAGCCAGUGCAUUUGGAGAUCAUACUUGCCUGGAUCCCGCCUCUUUCACCUUGCGUUAGAAACAGAAAAAUCUGACACUUGGUACCUGUUUAUCGCAUAUAGAAGAAGAAGAAGAUGGACAACAAGGCACCUGACAAUGGAGAGUUUAGCUUUGCUAGCAGUACUCCUAGGAGUACUGGACGGAAAGGGCUGCCUAAAAUCCAGACACAAGAUCAUAACAAGAAGGCAAACGACGUGUGUCAUGAUGACAGUGGAACACCAGUGAAAGCCAAAACGAUCGAUGAACUCCAUUCUCUACAGAGGAAAAAAUCAGCACCCACCACUCCCAUCAAGGGAGCUCAGGGUGCUUUCAAUGCUAUCUCUGAAGAAGAACGCCAGAAACAGCAACUCCAGUCCAUCAGUGCUUCCUUGGCAUCACUGAUGAGAGAGACAGGGCCAAAGUUAGUGAAAGGGGACCCGGCAAGGAAGGGAGAGGGGCAACAAAUUGCCCAUCAUCAUCAUUAUACGCCCACCAUCAGCGCUAGUGACAGUUCUCUAAAGUUUACCCAUUACCUCUACAAUCUUUCUCCUGCUGAACUCUAUGAACAAGCAAUUAAGUACGAGAAAGGUUCAUUCAUAGCAUCAUCUGGCGCCUUAGCUACACUUUCCGGGGCAAAAACAGGCAGGUCACCUAGAGAUAAACGUGUUGUCAGGGAUGAAACCACCGAAGAUGAUCUUUGGUGGGGAAAGGGCUCGCCUAAUAUUGAAAUGGAUGAACAUACUUUCAUGGUUAACAGAGAAAGAGCUGUCGAUUAUUUGAACUCGCUGGACAAGGUCUUUGUAAAUGACCAGUUCCUGAAUUGGGACCCUGAACACAGAAUUAAAGUCCGUAUCGUUUCAGCCAGGGCUUACCAUUCCUUGUUCAUGCACAACAUGUGUAUCCGACCCACUCCUGAAGAGCUAGAGAACUUCGGGACUCCGGACUUCACUAUAUACAACGCCGGUCAGUUCCCAUGUAACCGUUACACCCAUUACAUGACUUCUUCUACUAGCAUAGACAUCAAUCUUGCUAGGAAGGAGAUGGUCAUCCUUGGCACCCAAUAUGCUGGGGAAAUGAAGAAGGGUCUAUUCGGGGUAAUGCAUUAUCUCAUGCCUAAACGUCAAAUCCUCUCCCUUCACUCUGGCUGCAAUAUGGGGAAAGAUGGGGAUGUUGCCCUCUUCUUUGGAUUAUCAGGCACCGGGAAGACAACUCUGUCCACAGAUCAUAAUAGGUAUUUAAUUGGAGAUGACGAACAUUGCUGGAGUGAGAAUGGUGUGUCAAACAUAGAAGGCGGUUGCUAUGCCAAGUGCAUUGAUCUCUCUCGAGAGAAGGAGCCCGAUAUUUGGAAUGCCAUCAAGUUUGGGACUGUAUUGGAGAAUGUGGUGUUUGAUGAGCAUACUCGAGAAGUGGAUUACAUGGACAGCUCAGUUACAGAAAACACACGAGCAGCAUAUCCUAUUGAUUACAUUCCAAAUGCUAAGAUACCGUGCGUUGGUCCCCAUCCGAAGAACAUCAUUCUACUGGCAUGUGAUGCAUUUGGCGUGCUCCCACCUGUGAGCAAGCUGAGCUUGGCACAGACCAUGUAUCACUUCAUCAGUGGUUAUACAGCUCUGGUAGCCGGGACGGAGGAUGGUAUAAAGGAGCCGCAGGCAACAUUUUCAGCCUGCUUCGGUGCAGCAUUUAUAAUGAUGCAUCCUACCAAGUAUGCGGCCAUGCUGUCUGAAAAGAUGCAGAAACAUGGGGCUACAGGAUGGCUUGUCAAUACCGGUUGGUCAGGUGGAAGUUAUGGAUCCGGAAAACGUAUCAAGCUGGCAUACACUCGGAGGAUCAUCGAUGCAAUCCACUCCGGUAGCCUUUUGAAAGCUAGCUAUAAAAAGACUGAAGUUUUUGGUCUCGAAAUCCCAACUGAGAUUGAGGGCGUGCCUUCAGAAAUCUUGGAUCCUGUCAACACUUGGACGGACAAGAAUGCAUACAAGGAUACCCAGUUGAAGCUGGCUGGUCUUUUCAAGAAUAAUUUCGAGGUGUUCACAAAUUAUAAGAUUGGAAAGAACAGCAUGCUGACGGAGGAGAUUCUUGCAGCUGGUCCUAAUUACUAGUCGGGUGCUUUCAGAUUGGAGAGAGUGAAACUGAAAGGAAUAAAACGAGGAUAAGCUAAAUACAUCUCGUAACAUAUAUUAUGCCUCUCUUAAUAUCAACGAUUCAAUUCGUUUUAUUUAGCUUUAAUCGAAUUGGAGCGCGUUGUGUAUGAAGUGGUUUUUUAAUGAUGUUUCAGACUCUUAUAUAUAUAUAUAUAUAUAUAUAUAUAACAUCCUUCAAUUA